AUGGUAGUCUACCGCGCACCCUGGUCUCUAUCGCUGCGAGAGCAGCAAUCUCUUGACUUUUUCCUCGCCGAGACAAAAACCCGCUUUCCAGCCGAGUUUUGCCGUCCAAUCUUGAAGGCAGCGAAUACCGAGGCGGUCUUGGCUCAUGCUGUCAUUUCGUUCGGGGCUCUUCAUCAGGCUUAUGAGUAUAGACCCGAUGGUGCUACUCGUGUGGAUUACACCCCUCUAGGCCAGUUUGCCACGUACCAGUAUGGGAAGGCGCUUCGGUUACUUCGAGCUCAAAGUCGGCGACCUCGAGGCUUGGAGACUCUCAUGCCGAGAGAAGAUAUCACACUUGCAUGCUGUGUGCUCUUUGCCUGUUUUGAGAGUAUCCGCGGCUGUCGCCGAUCAACAAUCAUUCACAUUACACGAGGACUGAAUUUGCUUCGACAAUACAAGACGUUACCGCAAUCGACCCAGGGGGCGUUGGUGCCAAAGCAGGUUCUCACAUCUUUGCUCACGCGACUAGACAACCAAUUAGUUGAACUACUAGGAACGAAAGUUUCAGUGACAAUUAAUGAUAAAAAUUAUGACAAGCAGGUCACCUCCGCUUUGGAAACGAUGGAGGAAAUUUGUGCUAGAGAGGAUUCCUACUGUUCCUUAGAUGGCCUGUUGAACAACAUUCUCCAUGAUCGAUUGAAUACAGCACUAGCUAUUGAGGGACGUGUAGUUCCUAAUCUACCUUCAGACCAGGGACGAGUAUCGCGAUAUUUAAAAGAGUUACAAAGUAAUUUCACUUCUGCAUCAACCCCCAAACAUCCAACUCCGGGAGAAGGAGAUUCAUACGACCAUGAUCCCGGUAUCAUGCAAAUAUGGUGCAUUCUUGGAAAUAUAUACGUAUCACUACCACUCACAAUGUUCCCUGAACAUGUUUGGGACCAAUACAUGGCUGAUUUUGGCUCUAUUGUUUCUCUUGCGGAAAAUUAUAUCAACCGAUCCAGAUCCCCCGGAAGAUCAUCACGAAGACAGACGUUUUCUUUUUCCCUUGGUAUUAUUCCUCCACUCUAUGUUGUGGCCAGUCGAUGUCGUGAUAGAGACAUUCGUCGUCGCGCAAUCACUUUAUUGAAGAAUUGUAAACGUCGAGAAAUUCUUUGGGAUUCGAAUAUGGCUACGGAGGCUGCAAUACAGGUUAUCAUGAUUGAAGAGAAUGGUGCAUCUACAGGAGAGAGUUGUGCCAGAAUUCACAAUGUCAAUGCCAUUCUCGAUGAUGAGGAUGGGGUCAGUUUUGAGUUCGAAAGAUCUAUAUAG